UAAAAUAUUUGCAUUAAAACCACCUUAUAAAAUUAUAAAAUACCUAAUAAACUAAUUUAAAGAUUAGUUUUCUGGAGUUUCAAAAUGUUUUAUCUUCAUAAAAAGAAAGUUUUUGUUAAUAUAUAUUUUUUAAUAUCCUAUACACUGAGCUUAGAAAGAACAUCUUUGAUGCCGAAUCUGCCUGCUGGUAAAUACAAAUUAAAAUUCAAAGCCAUUUCUAUUUGUAAUGAAACCAUUGAUUACCCAAUUAAAUUCAAAUACUAUUUGUCAAAAGUGUCUACGUCAAAAGUCCUUUUAAUGGGAAACAUUUCAAUGAAGAUUCCAUUGGAUGACAAUAUAAAUAUUGGCAUGAACUUAGCUGUUUGGUCGAAAAUUGGAGGCUGGAAAGAUAAUGCAAAUGUUUACCAAAAUAAAGGAGCGUGUUCAUCACUAAAAUUUUUUAUGGGAAAAGUAUGGAACGAAUACAUUGAAAAGCAUCAUUUUACAGAUUGUCCAAUUCAACCGGGUUUUUAUAAAAUUAAUGGUUUUGACUUAUCAUAUUUGGAACAAGCCAAUCUUCCUAAAGAGUUCUUUUACGGCAUAUAUAAAGAAAAAAUAUUUUUUUCUAAUCAAAAGAAUGAUCAAGUUGGUUGUUAUUUUAUAGUAUUUGAUUUAUUACGUCCUUGGGAGUAAAACCUAUUAUGUUAUUAUUAUUAGUUUAAUUAUAUAUAUUUUUUUUUUUACUUUUUUUUGU